AUGGAAGUAAUGGUAACUCAUUUGACUGAACUAAAGGUGACAGUUGUUAUUGAUACAAAAAAAACAUGUUCUCUAGCAGGAAAGUGGUUAACUUUUAAAGAUGAUGAAAUUAAUAAUUUUUACUUGUUUAAAUUAAGUUUAAAUAGCCAUAUACGAAAAUAUUUAGAUCUUCGAUUUAUAUAUGAUGAUGAUUAUAAAAUAACUUAUAAAGUUAAUGGUCGAGAGCAAGCUAUGUGCAUAAAUGAUAGAGAGGAUUUUUUAAAUUUUGUCGACGAAUGUAAAAAACCUGAUAAUUUGGCAAAAAUGAUGUAUCUUUAUAUUAUCUUAAAAAAUCCAGAACAAUUUCAUAAAAGGAAAUCAGAA